GAUAAAAAUAUUAUGAUUUAUGAAUAAAUAAUUGCACCUAUAUCAAAAUAAAGGGUCUACUAUUUCUGUUAAUCUAAUUAACUAAUCUUUUUCCAAAUAGAUCUUCUUCAAACUUAUUUUAACAUACUACUAAUACCACUGUAUUUACUUUUCUAUGUGUAGAGACUAGAGCUUCUAUAAAACGCGCAAUACUGUUGAGCUGUCAACUUCAUUUCACCAUACAUUUUUGUUUAACGUUCGAGUACAGAAUUGUACACGAAUUACCGUAAACAAACAUCUAUUAUAAUCGUUUCAAAUGGAUAGUACUAUUUUGGAAUGUAAACUCAAUAGCAAAACUGCAGCUCUAACUGUGUUGACUGAAGAACUAGAAAAAUGUAGAAUAGAACGUGAUCAUUACAAGAUAAUUUUGGAGAAUCAAGUGUUUCAUAAUACCUACAACAGUAAUUCUCAAGGAUUAAAUUAUGAUAAACUUCUUAGUAAAUUAAGAGAAGAAAAUAAACUUUUAAGAUUAGAAACAGAAGAUAUCCGACAAAAGCUACGCGAUGCUCAAGGAGACAAUCAAGUCUUACGAGCUGGUGGAUUUGUCAAAGACUGCAUUAAUACAAUUUUAAUAAGUACAAAUGGUAAAGAAGAACUUGUAAAAAAUUUAGAAAUAAUUAAUUCGAAAUAUCAACAAUUAAAACUUGAUUUCGCCUUACUAUUAGAUGAUAAACAAGAAUUAAUUAUUGAACGAGAUGGAUUUAGAAAGAAAAUAAAACGAUUAAAUAGUGAAUUGGGAGCUGCAUUAAAUGUAAACAAAAAACAACCUGUUAUUGACAUUGAUAGUAUAUUAUCAGAAAACAAGUAUUUAAAUGAAAGACUACGAUUAGAGGUGGCCGAAAAGGACAUUGUAACAAAAAACAAAACAUUUUUCCAGAACUUAUCAAAUUCAAAUCAAAAAAUGUCUUUAUCUAACAUUACUAAUUCAUCAUUAACACGGAAAGUAGCAGCUUGUAAACAAAUGCAACAAAUUUUGGAAUCUGGAAACUUACAAGCAUUAUUUUCCAACAGUACAACUCUUGCAGACAUGAGAAAAUUGUGCCAGACAUUGUUCGAAGCUUUACAAGACAAAACAUUGGCGCUUAAUCAUCAGAAAAAAACUAACAAAAUAUUGGCCAAAAGAUUGGAAGAUUUGGAAAAACAAAUUAAGUCAAUUAACCAAGGUGAAGCGAUAUUAUCACCUUCACAAGUCUUGCUCGAUAAAUGCAAUAUGAGCACAUCUGAUGACACUGAUAGUGAUGCCAGUUUGAAUGAAGAAUUUGAUGAAUCCCCAAACUCGAAUGAAGACAAUCAUUCUAUUUACAAUUUGAAUUUAGACCAGUUUCCAAAUGAUGUAAGCACAUUGCCAAGCAAUAUACAACAGCUUGUUAGUGAUGCUAUGAAUACAACAACUAAUAAUCCUUUAAAUUCACCAUCAAAUGACCUCUGUUCUAUGGCUAAAAAUGUACAUUAGCUAUAUUUUGUUUGUUUUAUUAAACAAACAGUUAUAUUUAACGGUUAAUCUCUUUUGAAUAUCAUAUAACAAUUGAGACAAUGUUUUAUUAAGUCAGUGUAGUAUAUCUUUAUUUUUAUCACUUGAAAUACCUUUGCGCUUACCAGUUUUGAACUAAUUUUGUUUUUUAA